CGAGGGCAGGAAUCCCACAAUAGCAGGCUGAGAGGAUCCUUUUUUUUCGAAGCGGAGCUGGGCUAGUGGCUGUUUGAAUCAAAGGAAGGCAGAGGGAAGGGAGGCUCUGUGGGGAGAUGUAAGAUGGCAGAGCUACAAAUGUUGUUAGAGGAAGAGAUUCCAGCCGGUAAAAGAGCGCUUGUGGAGAGUUACCAAAACCUUACCAGAGUAGCAGACUACUGCGAGAACAAUUAUGUCCAGGCCCAGGACAAGAGGAAAGCUCUGGAAGAGACCAAAGCCUACACCACCCAGUCCCUGGCCAGCGUGGCCUACCAGAUCAAUGCCUUAGCCAACAAUGUGCUGCAGCUGCUUGACAUCCAGGCCUCGCAGCUGCGGCGCAUGGAAUCCUCCAUCAACCACAUCUCCCAGACGGUGGACAUCCAUAAAGAGAAAGUGGCCAGGCGGGAGAUCGGGAUCCUGACCACCAACAAGAACACUUCGAGGACCCAUAAGAUCAUAGCGCCGGCUAAUAUGGAGCGGCCAGUCAGGUACAUCAGGAAGCCUGUUGACUACAAUGUACUGGAUGACGUCGGCCAUGGUGUCAAGUGGCUAAAAGCCAAGCAACAUGGAAACAAUCAGACUAUCAGGGGAGGAACUCUAUCGAGGACCAAUCCGCCCACGCAGAAGCCACCGAGCCCUCCCAUGUCAGGGCGUGGCACGCUCGGACGCAACACAUCCUACAAGACCCUGGAGCCGGUGAAGCCGCCCACAGUGCCCAACGACUACAUGACCAGCCCCGCUCGACUGAGCAACCAGCAAGGCCAGCAGCACAGCCCCGGACGCACGGCAUCGCUCAACCAGAGGCAGCGCACACACAGUGGGAGCAGCGGGGGUAGCAGCAGCAGGGAGAACAGCGGCAGCAGCGGUAUUGGCAUUCCCAUCGCGGUGCCUACACCCUCCAUCCCCAACCCUGGACCAGUACCGCCAAUGUUCGCUCCUCCAGGAGCCCCACCACCUCCCCCACCCCCUCCUCCUCCUCUUCCUCCUCCCGCUCCUCCCAUGGCCGGGCUCGGCCCCCCAGCACCACCACCACCUCCACCUCCUCCUCCUAUAGUGGUGGCCCCUGGGCCUGGUCUGGGACCCGCUCCAAUGUCCCAGUUUGGAACCAUCUCGCGGCAGAUUUCGCGGCACAACCCCUCCAACUCCUCUGUCUCUAUGGUUUCGGCCACGGGCACCUACCGCCGGGCGCCGUCGGUCACUUCCCAGUUCUCCUUGCAGCAGCAGCAGCAACUACAGCAGCAGCAACAACAGCUACUACUACAGCAGCAGCAGCAGCAGCAGCAACAACAACAACAACAGCAACAACAGCCUCAUAUUAAUGGAGGCACUCAUGGCUAUGGCCAGAACUCAAUGUCUAUCGCUCCUCCUCCUCCCCCCAUGCCCCAGCUGACUCCACAGAUACCUCUGACUGGCUUUGUGGCCAGGAUGCAGGAGAGCAUUGCAGAUACUCCUACUCCACCUCCCCCUCCGCCUCCAGAUGACUUGCCGCUGUUUGACGACUCUCCUCCACCUCCUCCGCCUCCUCCAGUGGAUUAUGAGGAGGAGGACGCUGCCGUGGUGCAGUACAGCGACCCCUACGCUGAUGGAGACCCACAGUGGGCACCCAAGACCUAUGUUGAGAAAGUGGUGGCCAUCUACGACUACAGCAAGGACAAGGAUGACGAGUUGAGCUUCAUGGAGGGCUCGAUCAUCUACGUCAUUAAGAAGAACGACGACGGCUGGUAUGAGGGCGUUGCUAAUGGCACCACAGGUCUGUUCCCCGGUAACUACGUGGAGUCCAUCAUGCACUACGCCGACUGAAGCGCCGCCCCACCACCCCCCAGUACCAGUAAAGUCUAUUUAUUCAGUCACAUCAUAAUCCACUGAGUGACUGACCGCCGCUAUCUUGACUCCUGAGACGCGUAGACAUAACUGUAUGACCCCCUUUUGAUAUGACAGAAUGUUCUUUCCCUUACUGAUUGCAAAUGAAAUGAAAAGUAAUAUCUAUUUAGUUUAUUUUGGUGUUAUAUGGGUGGGUUGGGGACAUUUAUUGAAUAUGUAAAAAAAAAAAAAUGGACUGCUCAUGCCCGUUGAACUCAAAGACGAUGGUCACACAGCUGAAGGAUGUACGACAUCAUCUUGCCUGGACAAAAAAAAAGAGGACUCAGAAGUGAAUGCUUUCUGAACAAGAGUAUUAGGUUCGAUGGAACAAAUCAACGUCACGUAAAAACGCCUUCAGUGGAAGUGUUUGUACUGUCAGUUGUAUAUAUUGUGAGCUGCAGCCACUUGAGUUUCUGUAAUGUGAAUUCAGUGAAUGUCGAUUAUAUGAUAGUUUCCAUUAGUGGCGCCUUCCUCCACUCCACAAGGCAAAAAAUAAGACAGCCGGUCAAUCAUUUACAAAUUUAAAUACUGUAUAUGGUAUUUCAAAGACUCCUGACGUUGAAAAGCAUGCAAAAAUUUUAAGAGAUAUAAUGUAAUCUUAAGUUGCCAUUAUGCUUCCAUUAUGUUGUAAAUGUAUUCACCUUUUUUAAUUUGUAUUACUGAUCAGAUCAGAUAUUAACACACAAAAUCAAGAGAACACAUUCCAUUGUUUGGCUUAUCGAGCAUUUACGGAUUAUGUCACAUCACUGUUAAUUACUCAAUAAUAACCCUUGUAAAAAAAAAAUCCAUCGGUAACUCUGAUAGACUGAUAGUGUGCAGUGAUGAUUAGGCUGGAAUAGGUGCAUGACACUGCCAUGACAAUUCAAAUGUAAUGCAGACCAAUAAGCAACUAAUACCUCCUUCAAAAAGCACCAAGGACCACGCUCUGAACAUGAAAUCCUCUGGGCUGUUUGUAUUUUAGUAAAAAUUCAGCUGUCACUCAGGUGUAAUAUCAUCAUAACAUUGUAUUUUGUUCUGUUGGCCACCAUACUGUACCACUUCAUGAUUUAUUUCGGACCAUUUCAGGAUACCGCAGCUUAUGCCUUGAUAUUUUUGCUUUAGGAACUUCCAAUUUAAAAAAACGUGUUCUGGCUCAAUUUCAUGGGGUAGAAAUAUAGAAAAUCCCCCCCCCUCAUUUGUACAUAUAAUAUGUUGAUUGAAAUAUUAAUGUACAGUCUUUUAUAAUAAACAAUUCUAUGUACAACA